AUGGCAUCUGGACGAAAGCAUGUAUUAAAAGUCCUCAUCAUUGGAGACUCAGCGUAAUAGCUAUUCAGCGUCGGUAAAACUUCUCUAUUGAAUCAAUACGUCAAUCAGCGUUUUAAUCAAAGAUAUCAAGCUACCAUCGGUGCUGACUUUUUGACCAAAGAUAUAGAGAUCGAUGGAAGAACUGUUACUCUUCAAAUAUGGGACACUGCUGGCCAAGAGAGAUUUCAAUCGCUAGGGACAGCCUUUUAUAGAGGAACUGACUGUUGCGUGAUAGUUUAUGACAUCACUUCUAGUAAAAGCUUUGAUACAAUUCAACAAUGAAAAGAAGGAUUCUUAAAUCAAUCAGGCGUAAAAGACCCAGAAAAUUUUCCUUUUGUUGUAUUAGGAAACAAGGUUGACAAAGAGAACGAAAGAGCUGUUCCGAAUGCUAAAGCGGCACAAUGGUGCAGGGAUAAUGGGAAUAUCCCUUUUUAUGAAACUUCAGCGAAGGAUGCUAUAAAUGUUAAAGAAGCUUUUACAUCGAUCACAAGAAAAGCAAUGCUGCAGGUUAAAAAUGAUACAAUUGAAUAUAAGCCUCCGAUAGAGCUGUCGAAAGUCAGACCAAAACAGGCGCAAUCCACAUGCUGUUAG